GCGAGGAUGCUAGACGAUCUCGGUCCAACUACGGCAUCCAACUGGAGCUCGACUUUGGGUACACAAGACUUCUACAUUACAUUCUACGAUGAAAUCAAAAAGCAAUACAUUAACCAUACAAAUAAUAUGACGCAGGUCUACCAAUCGUUCAUACUACCAUGGUGGCGACAAAUACUAUGGACGGUACUAUUUGCGGGUAUGGUAGUCGUUUCUACUGUUGGAAACCUCGUCGUCAUAUGGAUAGUACUAGCCAAUAAGCGGAUGAGGAGCGUGACAAACUAUUUUCUAGUGAACCUCUCCAUAGCCGAUACAAUGAUGUCCACACUCAAUGUGACCUUUAACUUCACGUACAUGCUAUAUUCCGAUUGGCCAUUCGGACACUUCUACUGCAAAUUUUGCCAAUUCAUAGCCGUACUGAGCAUAUCGGCCUCUGUUUUCACCCUCAUGGCGAUAAGUAUCGAUCGAUAUGUAGCAAUUAUGAGUCCGCUGCAGCCAAGGUUGGGUAAACGCGCAACACUCGGUAUAGCAGCUGCCAUUUGGGCUGGCAGCUGUAUAAUUAGCAGCCCGAACUUUCUGUAUUAUACAACCGAAACUGAUCUAUUACCAGACGGAAGCUUAAGACGGGUAUGUUUCCCCGACUGGCCGGAUGGAAUCACUACGAGAUCUCAAUUAGAAUAUUUGUACAAUGUAAUAUUUAUGCUAUUGACCUAUUUCCUACCAAUAAUGUCAAUGAGUUACACAUACGCGAAGGUAGGAAUCGAGUUAUGGGGUUCAAAGUCCAUCGGAGAAUGCACGCAGCGACAGUUGGAUAACGUUAAAAGCAAACGAAGGGUUGUGAAAAUGAUGAUAGUUGUUGUAGUUAUAUUUGCUGUCUGUUGGUUGCCGUUCCAAGUAUACUUUAUUGUGACGUCAUACUACCCAGAUGUAGUCAACUACAAGUACAUACAAGAGAUAUACCUCGGCAUUUACUGGCUUGCGAUGAGCAACUCUAUGUAUAACCCCAUCAUUUACUGUUGGAUGAAUUCCAAAUUCCGACGAGGUUUUAAGCAGUUUUUCUGGUGUUGUGGUGCAAUUGGUAAUGGUGGUUUUAGUAGACACAGAGCAUUUGGUCCAGAACGACUCGACAUGUCGAUGCGAUCAGUCUCUCCAAGCCGAAAGAACGGCACAAGUUUGUUCAAGACGACAUUCAAAACUACAACAAAGUGUACCAAAAAUCCACCCGGCACUCCCCAUUUGCUGCAUGCAAAUAAAAUAGACAAGGAGUUAAACGGUGGCCAAUCCUAGUUUGGUACGAUGCGCAUAUCAUUGCACAGCACGUACAAUAACACUAUGAUGAGCAGUAUCUGACAGCGGCGCGGCACGUCCACUCGGCGUGGCGACCGCGGCGCCAAUGAACGCCCCACAGCCACUCGCGUCAACGAAGAAAGAACGUGGAUUUGACGAGCGAACCCCCCGCGCCCUGCGCCUACCCCUGAAGAACUAUAUGGGUAAUACGCAUAUUUUUUCAUAUUUUUUUAAAAGUACCCGCAUAAUUAAUUGUUAAAUUACAAUUGCGUUCUAGUCAUUUAAUCUAUAUAUUUUACGUAUAAAUAAAAUCGUAAUACUCAUAUUUUGUAUCUCGUUGAUAAACGAAUUGAAUUAUAAAAUGAAUUAUAUGAAUAAUAUCUAUGCUCUUGAAGAUAACCUCACACUUAAGGCGUAUUACGUCAUGUAAAGUAAAGUAUCGACCAAAAUGAUUACACUUUUAGUGCCAGUAAAGCAAAAAAUACUUAUAUUUAAAGAAUUAUUAGAAUCUUUCCUUUGAAUUUAAUAAUCGUCAUUCCAUUUCCACUCUGUAGAAUGAGAACUACGCUGCUAGUAUAAAAAUUGAUAAUAUAAAACUAUUUAAAUAUGGAUCGUAACAAAAUCAUCCUUGAAGACUUAAUUCUACUAAAAUAUAAUGGGUUAUACAUUGAUACUUAUGUAUUAUUGCAUAAUGUAAUAAUCAUAUGACUAGUUAAUUUAUAUCGCAUGUGCAAAAACAUUCCUCAGAUGAAAGAUAAUUUUUUAAAAGGCGCUUGCGAGAUCUUCAAAUUUUAAACUAUGAUAAUGUUUAUAAUUUCAUCAGUCGUGUAAGAUUUAUUAUAGUAGGUAUUUAGGGGAAAUGUCUACUGUCAAAUAAAAUAUUUUAUUGUUAUUAUAAAAAUAUGAAUACCUACGUUUAAAAAUAUAUCUAGAUAAGUAUAUUGUCUACAUGUUUAAGUAAAUGAACGUUAAAUACGGUGUGUAAAUAUUAAGACUAAGUCCAAACUAAGUAUUGUAAAUAUUAAAUCUUCGUCUGAGCAAACCACCUAAGUAAUUUGUUAGGUAUGAAUAUUAUUUAUGCUUAAAAUCAAUGUAUGUGAUAAUUAUAA